UCGUUGUAGUAUAAAUGUCAUAAUCGCAAAUAGGUUAGGUUUGUUGGUGUCGGGUUUUCUGCUGUCCAUUCGCUCACCUGAAUAUUUAAUCCGGCAAAUAUGCCGUUCAUGAAAGGAGCUGCACCCGUAAGGAGGACUGUUAAGUAUCUGACAAGCGGCAAAUUAGUAUUAAAGGAUCGAGUAAAGAUAUUUAGUGUAAAUUACAACGUCCAUGGCGACCAUCAUGCAGGAGCUCGUGAUUUUGUGUUCUGGCAUCUUCCUCAAAUUCAAUAUAAAAAUCCCGAGGUUCAGGUUGUAACCUUCAAGAACAUGACACCAUCACCUUUUGUCCGGUGCUACUUUGACGACGGCAAGCAAAUGCUUAUCGAUGUCGACAGCAGGACGCGAGAGGAAAUCAUGGAGCACUUGAUUAAGGUAGUCGGCAAAUCAAAGGAACAGUUGCACUCAGAAGAAGUUUCGGCUGAAAAGAAGGACAAUCCCGCAAACUUCGGAUAUGGUUGCGACCGGAAAUGCAUUUGUGAAAUCCCUGGCCAGCUACCGUGCCCAGGAGUUGUCCCGUUGCCGUUCCAUAUGCGCGGAAAAUAUAAAUGGGAGCAGAGCUCGUAAUAAGGUUUUUUAGGUGGUUAGUCAUGUUGUUCAUAUGUUUAUAAGUAAGCCAUGCGCCUUUAUCCAGUGCAAAAAUAUAAAGUGUUUGUGUGCAAAGUGGAAAU